CAUUAGAAGACUAAGAAAAAGAAGAUGAGCUCUCUGUUGUGCUCACACCAUCUACUACCAUUAUCAUCUCUCUCAAGAACAACUCUAAAAACUAAACCUCAAUAUCCAAAAACCCUAAUUAUUCCUAACAACAAACCAAGAUGGGAAUCCAAGGUCCACGCAGGACCCAAGGGGUUUCAAUCUACUAAAAGCUCUCAAAAACCAGGCCGGCCAGACCCGGACCCGGAAGACGACCCGCCGAUACCUCAAGAAGUGUUCGAGAGGAUGAUGGGGAGGAUUGUGGUGUCUGUAGGAACACCACUGGGGUUGGGAGUGGCAAUCUUGAAAAUACUCGAAGUUUUGAAGGAUAGAAACGUAUGGGACGUGCCUUUGUGGGUUCCGUUCUUGACCACACUCGUGACCUUUGGUUCGUCGGCUCUUGGGAUUGCGUAUGGAAGCUUGUCCACAAACCUGGACCCGACCAAGACUAACUCUGUUUUCGGACUCAAGGAAGCAAAGGAGAAUUGGGUAGAGAUGUGGAAAGAAGAUUAAUGAUGAUAAUUUAUGAAUGCUUUUGUUUUGUUUUUUGGUCUAUGUGGAACAGAGCAAUAGAUUUGACUAUUUGAUGAACUUCAAAUUAUAAUCGUGUCACUGGUUGUGGCGUAUAUAUGUUCUUUCCGAACAAAUGAAAAGUCGUGUGCUUCUCUGAGUUCGAGUGUGGUCUUUUUUUGAGGAGAGUAGUAGAAGUUUUGUGUUCUAUAUGUUGCCUAUGUGUUUUUAGUUUCAAGUAGCAUAUUAACGUCAGGCACACAUGUAAACCUAUUGUUUCGGUUGGUAAUUAUUUUUGAUUGAUGAUCAAAUCUUG